CGUUCUGGGAUUCUAUCUGGAGACGAGCAAGGAGAACUUUACCACAUAUUUUAUCCUACAAAAUUGAAAUUAAAUUCGAUAUAUCUAUUUUUUUUAUUUUUUUUCCCCGCCGCCCCAGUGGAACGACGCACUGAUCUUUGGAUGCCCGUGCGUAAAGAUAUUUAUCUCCAAAUCAAGUUUACGCACAAAACCAGAGCAAAAAAAAAAAAAAGGAUUUUUUUUUGCGAAGUUUAAAGACUUUGACCAGAUUUAUUCUGGCAAGGUAAAGUCGCUUUCAAAGACUUUCAGCGUUCAGGCUCCCGUUUCACGCGUAAACUUGGCAGCAACCCGUUACGCGUAUGAAUCUUCUCGACCCUUACCUGAAGAUGUCGGAGGAACAAGACAAGUGUCUGUCCGAUGCCCCGAGCCCGAGCAUGUCCGAGGACUCCGCGGGCUCUCCGUGCCCGUCCGGCUCCGGUUCCGACACCGAGAACACGCGGCCGUCGGAGAAUGCGCUGCUCCGGGUGGAGGCGGCUCUAGGCGACUUCAAGAAGGACGAGGACGACAAGUUCCCCGCUUGCAUACGCGACGCUGUGUCCCAGGUGCUCAAGGGCUACGACUGGACCCUGGUGCCCAUGCCGGUGCGCGUAAACGGAUCUACCAAGAACAAGCCUCACGUGAAGAGACCGAUGAACGCCUUCAUGGUUUGGGCUCAGGCUGCGCGGAGGAAGCUGGCCGACCAGUACCCGCACCUGCACAACGCCGAGCUCAGCAAAACGUUGGGCAAACUUUGGAGACUUCUCAACGAGGGCGAGAAGCGGCCGUUUGUGGAGGAGGCUGAGCGGCUCCGUGUGCAGCACAAGAAGGAUCACCCCGACUACAAGUACCAGCCGAGGAGGAGGAAGUCCGUGAAGAACGGGCAAAGCGAGGCCGAGGACGGCAGCGAGCAAACCCACAUUUCUCCCAAUGCCAUCUUCAAAGCACUGCAGCAGGCAGACUCUCCGGCCUCCAGUUUGGGAGAGGUGCACUCUCCUGGGGAGCACUCAGGUUCCCAGGGACCGCCAACCCCUCCCACUACCCCAAAAACUGACGUCAGCUCUGGCAAGAUGGACCUAAAGCGAGAAGGAGGUCUCAGAUCCCUCCCUGAUGGCACCAGCCAGCGGCAACUGAACAUCGACUUCCGUGACGUGGACAUCGGAGAGUUGAGCAGCGACGUCAUCUCCCACAUCGAGACCUUCGACGUCAACGAAUUCGACCAGUAUCUCCCACCGAACGGCCACCCGGGGUCCGUUAGCGGGCCUGGUACACCUGUCGCCUACACCGGCAGCUACAGCAUCAGUGGCGGCGCUCCGGUCAGCCCAGCAGCAGGAGCGGCCUGGAUGCCUAAAAGCCAGAACCAGCAGGGACAGCAGCAGCAGCACACCCUCACCACCCUGGGUGGCAGCGGAGGUGGCGCCGCUUCCGAGGGGGGUCAGGCUCAGCACAGGACCCAGAUCAAGACGGAGCAGCUGAGCCCGAGCCACUUCAGUGAGCAGCAGGGCUCUCCGCAGCACGUCACCUACAGCCCCUUCAACCUGCAGCACUACAGCCCCACGUCGUACCCGGCCAUCUCCAGGGCGCAGCAGUACGACUUCACCGACCACCAGGGGAGCGCCCCCUCGUUCUACAGCCACGCGGGCGCCGGCCAGGGCUCGGGCCUCUACUCGACUUUCAGCUACAUGAGCAGCCCCAGUCAGAGGCCCAUGUACACACCCAUUGCUGACAACACAGGGGUGCCCUCCAUCCCCCAGAACAGCCCCCAACACUGGGAGCAGGCACCGGUUUACACCCAGCUCACCAGACCCUGAAGCCCGCCUGCCCCCCCCCCCCCCCCUCUCAACUCCCACAUUCACAUAACACAUUUGACACACAUGUACAGCCACAUUCAUGCAUCCCAAAACACUUUAUUCCGAGCAGACGUCCCCCACUCCUUCCAGAUGGUCUCUCUGAAUCAGACACUUGAAGUCAAAGAGGAGGAGAGUCAGACUUGUGAUUGGCUCACGCCGUGCCUUGCUAUUGUACCAUGAUAGAAUCUUUAUAGAUAUAUAUUUUUAGAAAGUUGAAAAGACUUGAGAAAGUCCUCUGUGAGGAUUUGAUUGUUCAUAUUUCUGUAGGUUUUUUUUGUCUUCAUACGCUGGCAGUUUCUUACCCACAGGGUUGUUUAUGAAGGUUAUUUCUGGCUUCUAUUUUAAUCAGUCUAACAACUAACAACAACAUCUGCUUUUUGUUUAUUUCUUUGCUGUUGUUUUUUUCAUACUUCUGAAUGUGCCAUUCCAAUUUACAUUUAAUGAUGAUUGUCCAUGUCAUGUGUGAAAAUCAUUGGAAAAGCAAUUAGGUAAUAGACACUCUUCGUUGCCAAUAUUGUGCAGAGUUGAGUUGAGCACCACCCGUGCCUUUGAUUUCCUUCAUUUUCUCCAGUGUUUGUAUAUGUAUGCGACUGUGUACGUGUGUGUGUGUGUGUGUGUGUGUGUGUGCGCGCGCUUGCCAACAGCUGAGAUUACACUUACCAUUCAGCAGCGUGUGUUUGACAGCUACAGGAAGUCCCCUUUGACCUCUGGGGUGUCCCCUGCUGUCUCCUUCCCCGCUGAUAUAACCCAAUCCCCUCAGCCCUUCCCAAUUUAAAGAACUAUUUAUUUAUUUCCUUUAAUGUUAUUGUGAAUGAAUAUUUUUCAUUCGAGUAUUAUUAUUAUUGUCUUUUUUUUUAUAUAAUGUACACAGCAUAUCUCUUCAUUCUGAUUUGGAUUUUAAACCCAGGGGGUACUAAUACAAAAUGGUACAUGCUGUAAUCAUCUUUAUUUAUCUUAUAUUAUCUGAAUUUCUAUUUUAAUUAUGUAUUUGCCUUUCUUUUUGGGUUGGGGGGCUAUCUUACAACAUUUUAUUUGUGAAUUGUCUUUAAGUUUAACUGAGGCUGAAAGAACUGGAAAAUAUUAUAUACGUUAGAACGUUUUUACAGUGUACGUUUUGCUUUUUUUCUGUAAACUCCAAUCCCACCUCACAGUAUCAACCCGUCCCUCCACUUCUGCUCUUUACAGUAUUUGUACUGUCUUUAAAGAAUGUUUUGUAUCUGUAUUUGCAAUAAAAAUGGAAAUGCUAGUAAACACA